CUGAAAGAGCCAAUCAAGACAAGACCGACCACGGCCACAGCAAUUUCGGGUCUUAAAAACUUUUUAAAAUGAGCUCUUUUUCGGAGGGCGCUUUGACGGAAAAACUUGCUGGAUUGACCAACUCACAGCAAAGCAUUCAAACGAUGUCCUUAUGGCUGAUUCACCACAGAAAACAUGCCAGAAAGAUUGUAAAGAUCUGGAACAUUGAACUCAAGAAAGCAAAGACUAAGAGAAAAUUGGUGUUCAUCUACCUUGCCAAUGAUGUCGUACAGAACGGCAAGAAGAAAGGAGCAGAAUUCACCAAGGAAUUCAGUACAAUUAUCGACCACGCCUUCAGUCAUGUCUUGGAGACAGCAGAAGAUGAAAAGACAAAGAAAGCGUUGGCCAGAGUGCUAAGUGUCUGGGCAGAGAGAAAUGUCUUCAGUUCCCAGUUGCUGUACAAGAUGACUACCCUACUGUCAGGUGAAGCGCCGCCACCAGUCAAGAAAGCCAGACACAGUGAACCUCGCCAUCACCACCACCACCACCGCCACCAUCAGCAUCACCACAGCCAACCCGCCCAAGCCUCCCCGGCCCCGCCCGACUCGGACAGCCAGAACGAGGAAGCGGCCAAGAAGGAGAAGUUUGAAGCGUCAUUCGGGGAGAAGUUUGAGGAGUUGCACGGUUUGCUCGGCGAGGAACAGGACGGGUCGGAAGAGGAAGAAGACGAACACGUCGAUCCUGAAGAUGUGCCGGAGGCUGACGAGAUCAUUCAAGCACUGAAUGACAUGGACAACUCGGCCUCCAGCGAUGCGGUGGUCAGGGAGAAGAUUGCCAAGCUACCCCCAGAGGUGCAAGACGUCAGCCUGCUAGACAAGAUACAAGAAAUGGAACAAGCCGACAGACUCUCCGCCUUGGUCAACGAUGCCUGCUCCCUUCUGGACGACUACAACGUCCGGUUGUCUCUGGAGUUGGAGGACCGGCAACACGUGAUGAGAAUGCUGAAGAAUUACAGAAUCUCACAGCAUCAGAAACUCAAAGAAGCCGAGGAAAAACUCAAGGAUUUCAAAACCAAACACGACAAGGUGACGCUGGUGCGCAAAGACCUGGCGUCCCACAUACAGAACCUCCCAGAUCUGACGUUACUGCCCGAUGUCACCGGCGGUCUGGCACCACUACCCUCUGCUGGGGACCUCUUCUCAGUAUGAGCGGCGAGUCUAGAUACCAGACUAGUAAAGCAUUGUUUGUUAAAAAAAAAAGGUGAAUGGAUAUUGACUACAAGUCAAAUGAACUUAUUGCCCAAGGCACGGGGUAAUGUUUUAGCUACGCAUUGCCACUCAUAAUGCAGUAACACAUAUGAAGAGAAAGCCACAGAAAAUUUCAAUCAAAACCUCUCGGCAUUCUUUUUAUAAGAACAUUUUUUUCACUCAUAAUGUAUUUAUUUGGGAAAAAAAGUUGAGAAAUAUGGUGAAUGUUUCUAAAUGGCUGGUCCUCAUUAUCACAUUUGCUGCAGUGAAAGAUCAUAUUGACACGAGCCAAAAAGUGUACAAUUAAUUUAUUAUUCAUUUUAUCGUUUUCCGAUAAAGGUAAGACCCAAAACAAAGCCUUUAUACACAUGACCCCUACCUGUUAUCUUUCCCCCUGGAUGUGUCAUCCCAGACAAUUUUCUCAUACUUAUGAAGGGAUUAAUUCAAAUUUUUUUAAAAAUGCAGGAAGAAAAUAGGCCAUAAAAUGUGUCACUUGUGUCUCAUUCAUGUUAUUUUAAUUUAUUAACAAUAUGCAAUGAAUGCUGAUGCACAAAAAAUGCAAAACCAUUGCCCACCAACUCCGCCUCAAGGCAUAAAGUCUGUAAUCGAGACACUUUUCAAACAAUGGGCCUAAACACAGUAAUUUUGAAUUCUGAUUUCUACAAGCGUUUAUUGGGGGACAGACCCGAAACUGUAUCACUUUUCAAGCUGAUAUAAAUUGAAAACACAAAUGUACAGAUGUAAGAUAUUAAAGUGACUUUUAAAAUGUUUGGUAUUGUCAUUUAUGUGACAGUUUUGAGCAUGGAAAUAAAAUUUGUCUUACUGGA